AUGUCUCGCAAGCCAUUGCUUUCUCACCUCCAAACUCUCGUUCUUUUCACCAAAUCGGAUUUCAAGACAAUAAUAUUUCCAGUAUUGCUGUUUUCGUUGAAUGUAUAUGGCGAUUUGAAACAUCUAGCGUUGGCUCCAACUUACAUCAUCGUCACAACUCUCGUCGCCUUCCUUUGGCUCUGGGCUCAUGUCCUUGUUUUCAAUAUUGAGAACCAGACACAGGAGCAUUCCCUUAAGGAGGAUAAUAUCAAUAAGCCUUGGCGUCCUAUUGUUGCUUCACGGAUUUCCAUGGGCGGCGCCAUUCAUCUCGGCCAGUUGGUUCACCUCUUCAAUGUCUUCAUCUCAAUCCUUCUCAAGACGACUAUCCCCUCUAUCAUCUUCCACGAAGCUGGUAGUCUAUACAACAGAACCAACCUUCAUAAAUCGGCAAUGGGCCGAAACAUUCUCUGUGCAGUGGGUUAUGCCUCGGCAGGAAGUGGAUGCAUGAUGGUCAUUCACAAUGUUUACCGCGAAGUUCUGCUGGUAGAGCAUGGCACCGACACAAGUAUGCUAGCUUGGAAAUGGCUAGCUAUAUUCAGUGCAGUUAUCUUGACCACGAUUCAAAUCACGGAUAUACUCGAUGUGGAUGGAGACCGACAGAACGGCCGAAGAACUCUACCCACCACUCUAGGUGUGGUAGAAACGGGCGUCUUGUCGGCUGCAAUUGUGUUAGGAUGGAGUACUUAUUUGGUUUCUGUUCUGCAUGGAACAUGGUUGAGCUGGCUUCUGGCUUAUCUGGGCUUCAUUCUGGCCUCACUGUUGAUAUAUGGUGUAUGUUGGUCUUUGUUUACGGUGGAAAUUGCCUGCAAGUGCUAUAGUGGGUGGAUUGCUCUGAUUGCCUUUGUUCCUACUUACCUUCGGCUCACCUAUUAG